AUGUCUGCCCCCUCCGAUAGCGCUACCAGCCCUCCACCAUGUGCGUGUACCAACAUAUCGCUUAUGCAGUUGUUCCAUGAGCUCAAACAAAAGUUUCCUGGUGUACCCGAUCAUGUUGUGUCAAACACCAUCGAGCUAUACUGUCAUGAUAAAAAAGCUUGUGAAACACAUCUGCACAGAGAAGUCAAAACCUCCCUAACGCACGCCUAUCAUGCGUCUUCAGUGGCUGCAGCACGACAACUCAGUGGAUUUAAAAUUAACCCACCACAAAAGUGCCGAAACCAGCCCAUUAUCAAGCAUGAAGCUUUAAAAUCAACAAAUGCCCAGUUGUUUACUUGCCAAGGUCCACAAAAAGCCAUAAUCAGCACUAAUGCUAGUUUAGAUGAAGAAGAUGUUAAAGUGAAUACUGAUGCAAAUCAAAAUGUUGUGGAAGUAAAAACAAAUGAAGUACUUAAAACAUGCUCACCUGUUACUAUAGUCAAUCUUGAUAACUGUUUUGUUAAGUACAGUGCAGAAUCACUUAGUGACUUAGAAUUGUCAAAUGAAAAUAAUAGUCUCGAGAAUGGAAAACAGGAAAAUACUAAUCAGGAAUUUAAAGAACAAAUAAACAAUUCUGAACAGCCUGAGAGUACCAAUUUUAAAUUAUUGAAAAGUAAUAAAAUAAAGUCAAAUUUAAAUGAAAAAUUGGAGCGUGUGAAGGAGAAAAAAACUAUUAAAAAAGAUAAGGAAGAACCUAAAGCGGUGCUUGAAAAACCACAAAGACCAAACACAUUGAACUUCAUUAAACCAAGUCCAGAAAUUGCAUUUAAUGACAACCUGAAACAACCAGAUGAGACAUGCCGAACAGUCUCACCUGCUCCUUCAAUUCAAAAAACUGAUAAAGAGCCCAAAAGUAGUCCAUAUAGGCAAGAAAGAGGUGGGUAUCCCCUAAACUUGUCUGUCAAUGUUAAUUGCCAUAUGGACUUAAGCCGUGGGUACUGUGAUCCUUGGCUAGAAGAUUUUGAAAGUCCUAGAGCAAUAACAUCAGUCAAUUUAACUGUUUGUACACCAACAUCAAAUAUGGCCAGUCCAGUCAGGGAAAGAAAUGAUGAUAGUGGCUUUGAGGGGCAUGUGACAGUGACUGUUAGCCCUAGUACAACACGCCCAAAGCGUAGAGCACCACCUCCACCUCAAUCCACCAGGAUAGAUUCACCGAGACCAUCUAGAGUUGCUCCUGAACCACCCGGUACAGUUUCAGAUCAUUCUCUAAUUGAGCGUCAGAAGGAACGUUUAUCACGACUAGCAGCUGCAUUAGCCCAAGAGAAGGGACAAUUGGCACAAUUAAAUCGGGAAACACAGAUAUUAGCUGCUCCUCCACCAUCACCAUCAGCUGCUUUAAGAUUCAAGGACCAUGUGGAACGAUUAAGGGAUGAGUGUGAUAUGUUGGCAAAGCGCCUUGAGAUGGGGGUUAGAGCUCCCCGAGUGUUACCUGUCCCAGAGGCAGAUGACAACUUCUACAGUAAUAUAUACACAGGGCAGAGACCGUCUGCUUCUUGGCAAUGCCACAUGUGCACCUUUAGGAAUCAUCCACUCUUAGACAAGUGUGAGGAGUGUGACAUGCCCCGGAUAUUUGUAGGUACGUCCCCUGCUACUACACAUGACUCUGGCUUUGGGUCUUUCCGUGAUAGGAACAGACGAGGGGCUAAUCUGUCCAGUGACACAGGCUCCCUGCCUAAUAUAGCAAGUGGGUAUGCUGUUAAUGUGUAA